AUGGCAGCAAAGGCAAAGGCGCAAGCGAUCAUUGACGACAACGCUGUUGCCGUCUUCAGCAAGUCAUACUGCCCAUACUGCAAGGCUACCAAGAGCCUGCUGUCCGAAAUGGGCGCCAAGGCCUACUACAUCGAACUCGAUCAGGUCGACGACGGUGCCGCGAUUCAAGAUGCUUUGGAGGGCAUGACCUCGCAGAGGAGCGUCCCGAACAUCUUCAUCAACAAGAAACACAUUGGUGGCAACUCUGAGCUGCAGGGCAAGAAGAGCCAGCUUCCAACUCUGCUCAAGGAGGCGGGAGCUGUUUAG